GGCCGGGAGCCGCCGCCAUGCACCGCCUGGGGCCGAUCUGCUGGGCUCUGCUGCCCGCCUUGGGGCUCUGUCUCGCGCACCAGGCGCGCCCCCGGAACGCGCUGCUGAUCGUCGCGGACGACGGAGGCUUCGAGAGCGGCGCCUACAACAACAGCGCCAUCGCCACCCCGCACCUGGAUGCCUUGGCCCGCCGCAGCCUGGUCUUCCGCAACGCCUUCACCUCCGUCAGCAGCUGCUCCCCGAGCCGCGCCAGCCUCCUCACCGGCCUGCCCCAGCAUCAGAACGGGAUGUAUGGCUUGCACCAGGACGUCCACCACUUCAGCGCCUUCGAAGGCGUGCGGAGCCUGCCGCUGCUGCUCCGCCGAGCUGGCGUCCGCACCGGCAUCAUCGGGAAGAAGCACGUGGGGCCAGAGGCCGUGUUCCCCUUCGACUUCGCGCACACGGAAGAGAAUGAGUCGGUCCUGCAGGUGGGGCGGAACAUCACUAGAAUCAAGCUGCUGGUCCGCGAGUUUCUGCGCACGGGGGACGGCAGGCCCUUCUUCCUGUACGUCGCCUUCCACGACCCCCACCGCUGCGGGCACUCCCAGCCCCAGUUCGGGGCCUUCUGUGAGAAAUUCGGCAACGGGGAGAGUGGCAUGGGGCGGAUCCCAGACUGGACCCCGCAGAUCUACGCCCCACAGGAUGUGCAGGUGCCCUACUUCGUCCCAGACACCCCGGCGGCGCGGGCCGACCUGGCCGCUCAGUACACCACCAUAGGCCGGAUGGACCAAGGGAUCGGCCUGGUGCUGCAGGAGCUGCAGGCCGCCGGCGUGCUGAACGACACGCUGGUGCUGUUCACGUCUGACAACGGGAUCCCCUUCCCUAGCGGCAGGACCAACCUGUACUGGCCGGGCUCUGCGGAGCCUUUGCUGGUGUCGUCCCCAGAGCACCGGAAGCGCUGGGGCCAGGUCAGCGAGGCCUACGUGAGCCUCCUAGAUCUCACGCCCACUGUGCUGGACUGGUUCUCCGUCCCCUACCCCCGCUACGCCAUCUUUGGCUCGAAGACCGUCCAGCUCACCGGCCGGUCUCUCCUGCCGGCUCUGGAGGCCGAGCCCCCCUGGGCCACCGUCUUUGGCAGUCAGAGCCACCACGAGGUCACCAUGUCCUACCCCAUGCGCUCCGUGCAGCAUGGGCCCCUCCGCCUUGUGCACAACCUGCACUUCAAGAUGCCCUUCCCCAUCGACCAGGACCUGUACGUCUCAGCCACCUUCCAGGACCUGCUCAACCGCACGACGGCCGGCCAGCCCACAGGCUGGUACAAGGACCUCCGCCACUACUACUACCGGGAGCGCUGGGAGCUCUACGACCGCAGCCGGGACCCCCGUGAGACCCAGAACCUGGCCGCCGACCCGCGCUACGCCCAGGCGCUGCGGCUGCUGCGGAGCCAGCUGGCCAAGUGGCAGUGGGAGACCCACGACCCCUGGGUGUGUGCACCCGACGGGGUCCUGGAGGAGAAGCUCUCGCCCCAGUGUCGGCCGCUGCACAACGAGCUGUGAGGCCCGGCCACGCGCGCGUGCCUCUCUGCACCCACCCUGACGCGGGCCUCCGUCCGCCUCUGCCGCAGGGGAGCCGGGGGUGCCCCGGCCCCCACCUGUGCUGUGGGCAUCACCGUCCUUGGGUCUGAGCCAUGUCCCGGCACAGGAAUUCCAGGGGGACCUAGGAUGGGGGGUCCCGCCCAUGACGGGAGGGUGGGCUCGGCAAAGGGUCUUGUUUCCUUGAGACCCUCCCGUCCUCUGGAAGCCCCAGGUGUCCCUGUGCCCUUCCCGCGACAGGAGCCGGGCGUCCACGGGCCGCGUGGGUGACGGGUCGGGGCAAACCCCCCACCCUCUGCACGGGAACGCGUUGUCUGGGCUUUAGCCUCUGGUCUCGAAGAAACCCUGGAGUGGCCCGCGGUCAAGUUCCCGACCUCCGGGCUGGGUUCCCCCAGGCCACCAAUUCCCGAGAGGCUCCCGCGUGAGGGGUUUGAUCCUGUGAUCCUGUGGUCGUCCAUCCUUUUAAACGUCCAUGGAGGACGCUCCCGUCCUUGGGCUGGUCCCUCUGGUGUGGCGGACGCCGGGGUCUGGCCCAGGUGCUGCUCUGGGAAUCGCCGGGCCUGCCCGCCACCGCCCACGCGGGGAGCAGCAGCUCUGCCUGGGAAACCCCUCCCCCCUCGGCGGGGGCUCUUGUCGCCCUUCCCACCCCCAACAGCUCCCUCCCAGGGGCGUCGGGAGAGAGCCACGGGACACAGCACUGUAAAAGCUUAUUUUAAUAAAAUG